ACUUGCGGAUAGACAUGCCCUGUAGUGGCGUGUUGUUCACACUGACGUAUCUGACAGCAAUCGUUGAGUGUGCGGUGGGAUACAAUGCGUCUCUGCUGUUGGAGAUGCUGGAGGCGGCGGGGAACCGGUCCAGUCUCUAUACGUUCGACGACAACACUCUGGCGGACUGGCGCUCACUUGUGUGGAAGAAACGGCACGGAGAAGAGUCGCAGCACGCCACCGUGAAAGCACUGCUUAUCUUCGCCUACUCUGUCAUCAUCAUCAUCUCAUUGUUUGGAAACAUCCUCGUGUGCCAUGUGGUCAUUAAAAACAAGCGCAUGCACUCUGCAACAAGUCUCUUCAUAGUGAACCUGGCUAUUGCGGACAUACUCAUAACGCUUUUGAACACGCCCUUCACUCUGGUGAGGUUUGUGAACAGCACUUGGGUUUUUGGAAGGGGUAUGUGUCACAUCAGUCGCUUCGUGCAGUAUUGCUCUCUGCACGUCUCUACACUCACGCUCACGGCCAUCGCACUGGACAGACGGCAGGUGAUUUUGCACCCCCUGAAGCCACGGAUGUGUAUUGAUCAGGGUGCCAUUUGUAUAGUGUUUAUCUGGCUCAUGGCCAGCUGUUUUUCACUACCUCAUGCCAUCUACCAGAAGCUAUUCACUUUUGUCUACAGUAAAGACAUAGUGCGCUCUUUGUGCGUGCCUGAUUUCCCAGACCCCUCAGAGCUAUAUUGGCAGUAUCUGGAUUUGGCCACGUUCAUCCUCCUCUAUGUCCUUCCCCUGCUCAUAAUCACCAUUGCCUACUAUGAUGUUGCCCGCCGUCUCUGGCGCCGGACUGCCAUUGGUGACGUCACCAGCGAACAGUACUUCCUUCAACGCAGGAAGAGGAAGAGGACCAUUAAAAUGCUGGUGUUAGUUGUUGCAGUAUUUGCGGUUUGCUGGUUCCCUUUGAAUUGCUAUGUGGUGCUGCUGUCCAGUCAAGUAAUUCAGUCUAACAAUGCUAUUUACUUCAGUUUCCACUGGUUAGCCAUGAGUUCCACCUGCUACAAUCCUUUCAUUUACUGCUGGUUGAACCCGGGCUUCAGAGCUGAACUCACUUUCCUGUUGGGCAUGUGCAGAAAUGGCCAAAGGCGGGGCCAAGGGAGACGGACACACAGAGGUGGUCAUGGGGAGGAGCCUGAUCCAUUGGCCCCACCCAGUGCUGGGUUUCACAGGACAGCAUGGCCAGAGAGCCAUGCCUCCUUGCAACAAUCCAAUCCCAAAGAGAGUCACGCUCUUAGGUCCACCUCUCUCUGCCAAUCAGGAAAGACUGAUAUUCUGUCAGUGGAGCCAAUUGUUGCUGUGAGCUGACAAAAUCUCUGCCAAAAUGUCCCUCAAGGAACUGAACAUAUUUCUUGUUGUUUGAAGACGUUUUGCAACUCAGUAGAGUGGCUUCAUCAACUGGAAUGGGAAUAUCUCCUGCAUUUCACACACAAUUAAGGGACGGACUGCUUUGGAAGUCACAUACAGUAAAGACGUGCAGAAAGUAAAAACAUAAAUAAAUAAGUGUGGGAUUUACCUUAAUGAUGCUCUUUUGUCAUGUUCUGUGUAAGUGACAACACCUCAUUUGUUAACAUUGAUUGUUUUAAAUUGAAUUAAAGGAAAUUUGUUGUCAUUUUUUGUGUGCAUUCAUCGAGAUUCAUGCGCACUUAAAAUUGAACGUUAAUUCUGUAUUUAUUUGUAUAAUUUUGUAUAUUAAUAUUUAAUAUUCAGUGGUCUGAAAAUAUUUAGACAUUAGAGAGAUUGUAUAUUUUUGGGGAAUGCAUAUGGUGGCAGCUCUCACACUAAUGCUCCUCUAAGAGAGCCACUUAAAAUUUAGAUGUGGGCUUCAGUGUGUGUGUGUGUGUGUGUGUGUGUGUGUGUGUGUGGUUUGAAUAAAGCACAUUUUAAGGAAAAAGAAAAAUGCCCAUAUUCAGCGAUGUCCGACAUAAUAACAUAAAAUGGUAUACUUAUCUGAGGAGAGAAAUUUUGCACAAUAGCUGCAUCUCUUUAUUUAUCAUCCAUCUAAGGAAUCCAUAUGUGUGCCUAAAUAAUUACUUGGAUUCAAAUUUACUCACUCUCAUGUCUUUCCAAAUGGAUUUCAUUCUUUUGAGGAAGACAAGCAGAUAUUUUAAUGAAUAACACAGACUGUAUUUUCAAUACAACAAAUUAAAUUUUAUGCUUCAAGGAGGAUGCAAAAGUAUAAUAAAAUCAAUCCAGGCAACUUGUGUGAAAAUGUGACAUUUAAGUCAUUAAGUAUCUCGAAGUGUACAUUAUUUUUCAGUGAAAAUCUUUACAUCUGUUGUGCAUUCAUGAGUGCUGUUAGAGAAGCUCAUUCACAGUGACUCACAUGAACUUGUAAACAAGCUUUUGUCAUGCACUCAUGAAUUUGCAAUGAAUGUCAAGAUUUUCACUGGAAAAUUACUUGAAUUCUUAAUUAGUUUGAAAAACGUAUUUCUUCAGAAGACUUGCAUAUAUGGCACACUGGUCGCAUAGACUAAUUUUAUGAUACUUUUACGUCCUUUUUUAACCUUUAAAGUGAGUCAACUGCCAAAAGAUGGACUGUGAUAUUCAUUUUGUCAAAAAGUCAUAAUUUGGAAGUUGGAUUUGUAUAGACAUGAUGCUUAAUAAAUUAUGACAGCAUUUUUAGAUAAACUAUUCCUUUAAAAUGUCUGGCUCAAUGAAAUUGGGCAUUCAGAAUACUCUUUUAGUGUAAUAAACCCAGGUUUAGUGACUCCUUGGUCAUUUGUCAUUGUAAUUGAUGCAUUGUUUUAGGAUUAAAACAAUGUAUGAAAAGAAUAAAAAUAAUUUCAUUGUUCAAUCGUGUGAAAAUGUCCAGCUAUUUUUGAUUGACCCUCAUUAUUACAAAAUGUAAAGUUUAAACAACUCUAACACUGUUUCUCAUACAUGUUAUGGUUUUUUUCCUUACCACUGUGAUGAGUGGCAGGACAUUUUGUUGAUCACUU